AUGGCAAAUGAAUAGAGAGAUACAAAAAUAGUUGAAUUAUUUUAGGAAUAUUAAUAAGAUUAAGAUUUAAAUGGUUUUAUUUCAGCUGUUAAGAAGUUAAGCUAAUAAGAUUAGAUUAAAAAAUAGUUUGAAGAUUUGUUAAAAAAAUUGUAAAAGGAAGGACAAUUAAAAAUAGAUGAUUAUAUGUUAUACGUAAUAAAUUAGAGAAUAAAUGAAUAAAGAAUAAAAGGUGUUUUUGAAUUAUAUCUCUUUAACAAAAAUAUAGAGGAUUUUGUUGAAAGUAUAAAAAGCAUUUCUAAAUUGUUGUAAUAAGGUAAUAUAAAUAAAUUUAUAAUAUAGAGUUAAUUCUUUAAACUUUGAAUUAGUUUGAAAGAGAAAAGUUAUUAGAUGAAAGAAAAUUAUCAAUAUUAAGAGAAAAAGCGUAUGAUUAUCACAAGGAUUAUCAAAAGUUAUUAGGAGCAUUUUCGCUUUAUUUUGAAUAAGCAUAGACAGAUUAAGAGGAAGCUAAAAAAGAGAUUUUAGAAACUUUAAAUCUAUUUAAUUGA